AUAAUUUAUGAGAAGUGCAGACUUAAAUAAUAUAAUUGUUAACCAUGCUCCAAAUCAUCACUCUAAAAAUCCAGGAUGGGAAUACUUUCCAUCAUCUUAAAUCAAAUGUUAAGUAGAAGCAGCCUAAAAAAAAGAAAUAGCUAAACCAACUCCACCUUCAAUCAAAAUCAAAACUAUUGAAUUAAAGGCAAAAUAUAUUGAUAAAACUAAACCUAAACAUAUUUUUAAAAAAACAGAUUUAAAGGAGAUUGCAAAAAAGAAGAGAGAUGAUUUAUAAGAUUGGAUUAAAGAAGAAAAUAAUUUAAGAAAAGGAAUCUAAAAAUAACAUAAAUGCAAACCAGCCCCAUCAAUAAUAGAAGAUGAACCUAAUAAUUAAUGGCCAGAAAUGAACGAAGAUUAAUAAUAAGAAAAUGCUGAUCAAAAUGAUGAAAAUCAAGAGUAACAACUAGAAGAAGAAGAAGAUGAUAAAUAAUUAGAAGAAUAAAAUGAAUUUAAAUCAAAAAAAUACAUAGAUAAAGAAGAUUAAGUUUAUUAAUAAGAAGAAUAAGAAUUAUUGGAAGGAUCUGGGAUAAAAGUUGAAAAUUAAGAGUUAAAUGAAUCUUAAAAUAAUUUCUAAGAUUCAAAAAUAGAAUUUGAUUAAUCUAAUUAAAUAGAAAAAUCAUAAAACUCUUAAAAUAAAAGUUUAAGCUAAAAUUAGAAUUAAAGCAAAGUCGAAAAAUCUAUCAAUUUAUAAAUUGAUGAAAAUAAGAGUGAAGUAAAAUCUAUUGUCUCCAAUUCUUUUGUUAAUAACAAUUCGAAAAUCAUAAACAAAAAAUCAGUGAAUACUAGUUCAUUAAUUUUUUAUAAAUCAUAAGUAGCAGAUGUAUUAUAUUAAAAAUAUUAAAUAGCAAAUGCGAUCUUUAAUGGAGGAAUUUGAAUGA